AUGGGACUCCUUGACUCGGUUUCCCGUCUCUCGCUCUCAACCGACGACAUUCUCACAGCUUCGAACCGGACCAUCGCUGAUGUCGGUCCGUUCACGGAUGCGCUUCUUGGGAAACACGUAAUCACGGAUAUCAUCCGUGACGCGGAAGAGGGCGAACAGACAUUGUUCACGCAUCGGAGUUUGGAAGUGGGUGGUGUCAAAGGGCCAGUGGAUCCGAGGCCUGUCGCUGUGGGGAGUGGCGGAACAGUAGGAGUUGGUGUUAGGGAAAAGGAGCAGGAUGUAGAUGUUAUUUUGAAUGCGGCGUUGAAGUUGGUUGAGAAUUAUGGAUCGAUGCCUCGCGCUAAAUCACACGUCGAAGACUUGCUAGAUCGCGCUUCUGAAGUACGAAGUCGUAUCUCCUUACUAGAAGAUGAACUCGACGAGCUCAAGAAUGCUGAGCCUGCAUCGAUCGAGUCGGAGAUGCCUUCAUUAAAGGACGAAGAGCGAGUGGUAGUAAAGAUGGAAGCACAACUUAACGCUGCCCGCCGACGAAGAGACGCCCUCCGCGAACAAAUAGCUCAAAAACAACGAUCUCGAGCAACCGCACAACCUCAGCAUACCAAUACAAUUGCCACUCCCACAGCCGCAGCACGUACACGUACUCGCCCCGGAGGUGGGAAGAUCCCAAACCCAUUCCUCGCUCGCAUCACAUCUUCCUUACCCGAAAAAGACCCCGACGCGACAACUAAUAUCUCCAUGCAACUCUCGGGAGGUCUGGGUGGACAGAGUUUCCUUAUCGACGAGGGACCGCCGCAAUGGGCAGACGACUCGGUCUUGAGCGGAACAGCAAGCGCAGAUGCAGGAGUGGACACCAUUUGGGAUGGACAAGGCGACGAAGGGGAUGGUGAGGACGAAGGGGAUGGAGAAGGGACGGUUGUGUUGGCUAUCCCGCCUGCUGUAGGGCUGUCACCGCCGGCUUCUCCCGUGAGGACCGUUGCUCCUGCGCCUGCUUUACGAACUUCGAUCGCCCCUACCUCGGCUCCCGGCCCUGCCCCCACCGUCGUUGCUGCACCUCCACCUCCUGUAGCUGAAGCACCCCCCACCAAGCCCCCUCCUGUGCCAAAACCAAAGGUAGAACCUCCGGCUCCAAAGCCACGGGAGGUCAAAGUGACUUCAGAGACAGAGGCGAACACGGCAAUGGGCAAAGUUCUCAUGCCUUCCUCGAACUAUGGUCCAGAUACACCAGGACCCGACGUCCUCGAAACUGCUUCGAUUCUCCAAUCCCUCUCAUCUCAAUCUCUUACUUCCUCUGACCCACAACCAAUCUUGACGGCGACUCUCCUUCUGUAUCUUCUUCGAAACGGGCCAUCUCCCCUACCGUCUGUAAGGACUGCGUUGGGCGACAAAGAGAAAGAAAGUGAAUCUGCGAACGGGUUAGGCAUCAAGGCAUUAUACGCAUGCGUCGCAAAGAAGUUGCUGAAAAUUGAUAGGAAAGGACGAGAGGCGACCGUUAGAUUUGAGUGA